AUGUCGAUGAGUAAUUCUCUGGUGCUAUAUAUUGGAGGUCUCCCAUAUAAUUGGAGUCAGGAUAAUUUGGGAAGUAUCCUCAAAGGCUCGGGUAGAGUUGUCGAUAUCCGAUUGAAAUUGGACCCUCAGGGUAAGAACAAGGGGUUUUGCUUUGUGGAAUACUUCACCGCAGAAGAAGCUAGAAGAGCCAUGGAGCUAUUAUCUGAAGUUAGGUACGGCGGGAGAAAGAAAUUACGGAUUGAAUUGUCAAAAGAAGGCCUAAGAUAUAACAGCAAUGCUCAGUCUCAGAGACCUUUGUUGGAAUUGUCUAGAGAGUUUUUGCCUUCUGAUGUUCAACUACCUCUGCUGAUGACCAUGGAUGAUGAUAAUAGUAACAAUAGUAGUAAUAAUAAUUCAAGAGGCCGUAAUCCCAAUAAUAACACCAACCAAUCCAUUGAAUUAAUGCCAGAAUACCUUUUACAAGCUGCUGCGAAUUUGCCUCCGUUGAAUAAGCUGUGUUUAAAUGCUGACUCUAAAGUAUCUCAAAAUCUUGAACCAAUUCCUCCAAGUCAAAUCAUUCAAAUCAUUGCCACUUUAAAGAAUUUCUUGAUCAAUAACGACAGAGCAAGUGUCAACAGUGUGUUGGGUUUCAGUCCUAAAUUGACAAUUGCUGUUGCUCAAGCACUUUUGUUGAUGGGUUUUGUCGAUAAUGAAGUGAUCACUUUGGCAGCGACUUCGAACCCCAGCAAUAACUCAAAUGAUCAAAACUUUCAACAGACAAAAAAUGCCAUGCCACCUCCUCCACAACAGCAACAGUUUCAACAGCCUCCACAACAGUAUGGUAAUAAUAAUAAUAACAAUGGACUCCAACAAUACAAUAACAAUAACCAAAGGAACUUUCAAAAUCCUCCUCAAAUGAAUAAUUAUCAAAAUAACAACCCAACUAAUAAUAAUAAUUUGCUGCAAACUUCAAAUCAAAACCAAUCUCCACCAAUUCCCCCACAAUGGAACUCUUUACCCCAAUCGGCAAUCCGUAAAUUGCUAUUAUUGGAUAGGGCACAGGCAGAUAUGAUUGCCCAAGUUUUAUCUUUGCCUCCUGUUCAAAUAUCAAACUUACCAGCGGAUCAAAAGGCAGCGAUUGAUCAAAUUAGAUCACAAUAUUUAUGGUAG